CAAACGCACGAUGCAGGUGAAAAUAUGUCGAGUUUGUUUGUGAGAGUAAAGUAUAUCCGUUGGUACGAAAACAAGGGAUUGCACUUUUUCAGUAAGAAAGUGAAAGUAUUAUUGCCGCCAUUUCUUGGUUACACAAGACUGUUCCGCACAACACAUUACCUAUGUAUACCAACAGUUCUAACACAAUUGACCAUCACAACGAAGCCACUCUUAUAACUUUAGUUGUCCUGGUUGGUGUGUCGUGUAGCGCUAUCAACAUAUUUAUGAUUGCAAUUAUAUUAGUAAGCAAAAAACUUCGUCGACCGGCAAAUUAUGCUGUCGUGAGUUUCCUGUUUGGUGCAGCCUUGCAAGCCUUAACGACAAGCCCUACUUAUAUAUUCAAAAAAAUGGAACACACUCCGGAGCAUCGUCCAAGUUGGAUUUGUGAUUUGUUUCGAUUGCCGUACUUUUUGUGUGGACACUCUAUGAAAGUCAGCCUACUGAUUAUGAGUUUCGACAGAUUAUUUGCAAUUAAGUAUCCGUAUAAAUAUAAACGAUUCUUUACAAAAACCUUCAUGUCUGCUGUUUUAGUAUCUGCUUGGAUUGUAAUUACAGCGAUCGAUCUGCUCCCAUUCGUUCCAUUUGACAAAGAGCCGGAUAAAGAGGGGUGUAGGUACAUUCCUACACAAAGAUGGGGCAUAUGUGUUAUUUUAUUUUUCAAUAUUGUCCCAUUUUGUUUUAUCGCUGUCAAUUAUUACUUGCUGUGGAGAAUGGCCGCAUCAAUCGCGCUCAAAGAUUUACGUCAGCAUGAAAGUCUUCAGGAACGAAAAGAGGGUAAUGUUCCAUCUUUCAGAAUUAUAUUAGACGACGCCUUUAGUGAUUCAGUAGGUUCGAUAUCACCGUCAAAUGCUGAUUAUAAAAGACAAAAAAGCUACAAGAAUUCCGUACGAAAAAAUAAUAUCUUGGUUAAGAAUUUUGAAGAUUUUUACAAAGCAACGCAACCGCCUUCCCCAAAAUGCGAAAACUGUUACGAAUUUAAGAAAAAGCGUCAAAGAUUUCGUUUCGCGUUCGAGAUGAAAGCAACCAAAACAUCGUUAUUUCUUCUCACGGUGUACAUCAUGUGCUGGGGACCACUUGGCGUAUUUUACAUGAUGGAUCAUAUGUGUUCAAACUGUCUGUCUAGUACUUCACAGAAGGACCUAGAAACUGCAAGAUUGGUUGUUAAGCUGUUAUGCUUUUGUUCAAGUCUUUUUGCACCGUUAGUUUAUUGUUGGCAAACUAGAGAAUUUCGUUCCGAACUAUGUAGACUAUGGUGCAGAGCGCAAUACCGAAAGAAAAGGUUUGAAACAUAUAGCAGGUCGUCCCAAUUGGGAACUUAUAUUAGACCAGGAAGUAGUAGUAAAGAUCUGCUCUCCAAUUCAUUUCGAACGUCUCAGAUAAGGCGUGGGCAGGGCAAGAGUGCGAAAGAUAUCUCGUCCUAAUAAUUUUUUCAUGUUAACAUUGUACUUUUAUUUUUACUUAUUUUUUACAUAUUACGUACAAAUAUAAAAUUACAUGAAUAUCUAUUUGCAAAUCUGAAAAAAAGCUGAAUGCUAGUUUACGUGGAGUUAUUGAUUUAAUGACUAUCAAUCAGUAAUCCAAUUGUUGAGAACGAGUUUCAAACAUUUAAAGAAAGUAAAAUUUAGUUCUCAUAUUCUGGAGAAUAUUUUAAUUACUUUAAACCACGUGUGGUUUAAAUACAGUAAAUAUAAAGACUCGUACUAUUUUUAAUGUUUCCACUUGAUGCUGCUACUAUCACGAAAUACAAAUU